CACACUCAUUCAGGGGUUCAUUCACUCACUGCACCAAUGCGUCAGUCAAUGAAAAGCGCAUAUGAAAUGAAUUCAGACAGACAUCGACUUAGUCGUCAUCAGCUACGGGGGGGGGGAGAAAACGGGCCACUCAUGCCAUGCGGGAAGUCCAUAAAACACCCCAGUGGCACACGGCACACACACACACACUUCAAAUAUAUAAUGUGUCGGCGAGUAGAGGUGCUACUUAGCCAGCCCCUUAACCAACUCAUAGCUGCCAGCACGAAACAGACAGACAGACAGACAGACAGACAAACAUAGAGAGAGAGGUCAUUGCACCAUUGAUUCAUAUUGUGCUGUGUGGUUAUAUGUAUACCUGCCGAAUUGAAUUGCUCCCGACAGGACGGCACGUACGAGGCGGGGAGAUACCCCAGACCACAGCCUGGCGGGACCUUCCUCCGUGGCGAUGCGCAUGCCGCAGUCGACGAUGCCACUGUAGGCCGCUGAUGACGAUGCACUGCUGUCAGACUGCGCGGCAACGCCACCGCCAUAGCUGCUGGCGGGCGAUGCUGCGGCAACCGACGUCUCGCGUUUAUCCUGGGUCAUCAGCCGUGUGCUGCAUAGAGAGGCAAGCAAGAGAGAACGUGCCUGCCUGGAUCAAUCAAUGCGCCCCAGGUCAGGAGGCAGGCGUGUAUCACCUGCCUCGCCUCUUUGCUGCCUACCCUACCGGAUGACAUCAAGAGGGUUCGUGAAUAGCUGUGCGGUGCAGCUGGCCAGGCUGCCGGCCGCCGUCUUCUCAAGUAGGGUCAGCUCGCCACCGAGGGCUGCCUUCAACGAGUCGUAGACCAGGAACUUGAUGACGUCCGUCGGGUAAGCAUAGGCGAUGUUGGCAUUGUACCCAGUGUACAAUCCACCUGAACCAACCAACAACCGAACAAACAAACAAACAAACAAAGGCAGUCGGCUCAGUGGCGUAUAUGGAUUUCUUGUCUUCCUUCCGCCCCCAACCCACCGAUUCCAUCCUGCUCGACUGUUUUCCUGAUGCCGUCCAGUGUGUUGUUGGCGAGGCCAGCCUGACACCUCGUCUUGACCACCUGCAUGUUAUGUGCAUGAAUGAAGCCAGAGAGUCGAUGGCUGGCCAGCCACCACCCCCACUAAUCGCAUCCUUGCCUGCCUACAUACCUCUGAGGGCGUCCUGACAAGCCAGUAUGGCACGCUCGCGGCGAGCACUGCAGCCGAUGUCCGCACCUGAAGAUUCCCCGAUAACCCUGCCUGCGCAAGAUAAGCCAUCGACGUGUCCUUGACGCCGAAGAAGAGGGCGGACGCCGGUGUGCCGACCACCAAGGGCGGCACAAUGCCGCGAUACAGGUCGUCAAAAAGCCCGUCAUUGGUCUGAUUGCGAAGCUGCAGCCGGGCACGCAGCGUAUCCAGGGGAUGCAAAAUGGCGUCUUUGCCCAGGCGGCUCGCCCCGCCUCCAGCCAGUCCACUGAUGAGCUCCUUAGCCAAACCCUUGUCUGCUCCAGCUCCUCCCGCUUCUGGUGGUAGCGAAGUGGGGACAGGAACAGCAGGCACAGCAGCUGAGGCAACCUUGUCGGAGGGAGAGUGGAAGGCGCUUGUGGCGACUCCUAUGGUCAGCAGGCCGGACAAUAGAGACCCUCCAUUCAGAUGAUCUCUUCGACCGACUCGUGGCUGCUCAUCAGACAGUGAAGACGCGCGGCUCGUGCGCCUUUGUUCCGUUGAUGUGUCAUGGCCGCGACUGCCGCUUUGUGCGACUAAGGAAGCUGACACGUGGUGCCGUUGCAAAGGCGGCAAAGGCCCAGCUCGGUGGGCAAGGCCGAGAUAACGACUCGGACGAUGAAUGGUCAAGAAAGCCCCUACAGGAAAACUCGGCUGCGGAUGCCUUGCAGAGCAGGAGGAGCCCAUGAGGGAGAUCUGAUCUGUUCACACGAUGCUGCAACGCACAGAUCACCAUAUGCACACCGGUGAUGGAAUGCACGCGCUUUUCUCGUAGAUCUUACACAGUUGCGAGUAGCCUGACGACGUCGGGGUACCUUGGAAAGAAGAAGAC